UCUGCUCUCUACAUUUGCAAACCUCGACUUACAAACCUUCUCAAAAUUCUCAAGAUCUUUGAUCUACUUUCAACUACAACAACAAACAAUCCCAAAUUGUGUUGUACUUAAAACCCAUUACUCAAAAUCCCACCAAAAAUUAACACUUUUAGUGUUUGAGCUACUACUUCUUUGAUCAUAAGCAUGGAGAACUUGUUUCGAUUAGCUGAUCAUGAAGAUUUCUUCGCUCGCCGUUGCAUCAUGGUCAAUGGUCCAAUCAUAGUUGGAGCCGGACCAUCAGGUCUGGCAACAGCGGCAUGUCUCAGAGACCAAGGAGUACCCUUUGUUGUCCUUGAGAGAGCCGAGUGCAUAGCAUCGCUUUGGCAAAAACGCACCUACGACAGGCUCAAACUUCACCUUCCAAAAGCAUUUUGCCAACUUCCCAAGCUUCCAUUCCCAGAAGACUUCCCUGAGUACCCAACAAAACGACAAUUCAUCGACUACCUUGAGUCAUAUGCAAAACACUUUGAGAUCAACCCAAAGUUCAACUCAUGCGUUCAAUCCGCAAGGUACGAUGAGACAAGCGGUUUCUGGAGAGUCAAGACCGUUACCUCAACCGAGUCUACCCGGUCUGAGGUUGAGUACAUUUGCAGGUGGCUCAUCGUUGCCACGGGCGAAAAUGCCGAGUGUGUCCUGCCAGAAAUUGACGGCUUGUCGGAGUUUGGAGGUGAAGUUAUGCACGCGUGUGAGUACAAGUCCGGUGAAAAUUUCAGGGGAAAGAAAGUACUUGUUGUUGGGUGCGGAAACUCCGGCAUGGAAGUCUCUCUUGACCUCUGCAACCACAAUGCCUUCCCAUCAAUGGUGGUUAGAAGCUCGGUUCAUGUUAUGCCUAGAGAAAUCUUCGGAAAAUCAACGUUCGAAUUGGCGGUUUUCUUGCUAAAAUGGCUGCCAGUUUGGUUGGCUGACAAGUUGCUCCUGAUGUUUUCAUGGUUGGUGCUCGGAAGCAUUGAGAAAUACGGGCUGAAAAGGCCAUCCUUGGGACCAAUGGAGAUGAAGAACGUUGAAGGAAAAACCCCUGUUUUGGACAUUGGUGCAUUGGACAAAAUCAAGUCCGGAAGAAUAAAAGUUGUUCCCGGAAUCAAGAGGUUCUCCCCCGGUCAAGUUGAGCUCGUUAACGGUGAAACCCUCGAAAUCGACUCUGCUGUUCUAGCCACCGGAUACCGCAGCAAUGUCCCUUCUUGGCUUCAGGAAGGUGAUUUCUUCUCUAAGAAUGGAUUCCCAAAGCAGCCAUUCCCCCAUGGUUGGAAGGGAAAUGCAGGACUUUAUGCAGUAGGGUUCACAAGGAGAGGGCUCAGUGGUGCAUCAAGUGAUGCCAUGAGAAUUGCUCGAGAUAUUGGCAAUGUGUGGAAAGGAGAAACCAAGCAGGUCCAAAAGAGAACCACAGCUUGCCAUAGAAGAUGUAUUUCCCAGUUCUAAAAAGAUUUACCUAUCCAUUCAGAAGAUUAACCAGACACUUAAUUAACUCUCAUGGUGUUAAAAAAUGAAAGAAAAAGAAAAAAAAAAUUAG